UAAGCGGCAUUCGGACAGUUCCACGGUCGUGCGGGGAUAGAACCGGUCCACCAGACCACCACUCCCGUACCCCGAACCAUCUGACCUGAGAGAGAGAUCGUGCUCGCCUCGUCGCCGCCGCCGCCGCCGCCGCUUCCCCCGCCGGAGAAGAUGGCCGAGAAGCCGGCGGGGCCCACCCCGCGGACGAGGACCCGAGGCGGCCUCGCGGCCUCAGCUCCCUCCUCCAGGAGGCUGUCUUCGAUAUCGUUCACCGCGGCCCCGAAUCAGAGCAAGAAGGUUCCUGACCCUCCAAAGGCCGUGAGGCCAACAAGAGCCACGCCUGUCAAGAAGCGGCCACAGGUGGAUCAAGCUCAGAAGCGGAGAGAAGAGAUUGCUGCUCUGCAGGAGCAACUUAGUGGCCUGCAAAGGAAGUUGCAUGAGAAAGAUGAAGCUCUGAGGUCCGCAGAGAACUUGAUCGGCCGAAUCACUGCAGCGAAUGAAGCAGUUGAUGGUUUGAGGAGCCAGCUCUCCGAGAAGGAACUACUGAUUGAAUCUACUGGUUCGGAGCUACAUGGUGCAAAGAUCAUGCUAGCAGAGAAGCAGGCGGCACUAGAGAAGUUAGAGUGGGAGGCAAAUGUGUCAAGUACAAAGGUGGAAGAACUGCAAGUUGAUGUAGCUUCUAUGGAUGCUGAAGUUUCUGCUCUCAUGAAGUUGUUUAGGAAAAUAACAGAGAAUGACAGAGCCCCUCCACCCAGGGAUAGAACUAACGAUCUGUCUUUGGAAUGUGAACCAGUUCAACUUGAUGACACGGUUAAUGAUAUUGAUGUCGAGAAGAUGGAGCAGGAAAUGUCAGCCUACGCCUCGGCUCUAGCUGCCGCAAAGGAGAACCCUACUGACGAGUUCAUGAGAGCAGUAACCGAAGCAAGAUUAAGACUGCAAGCCGUUGUACUCUGACCAGACUGAAGGGUUGUACUGUGUAACCAAAGAAGCAAGUGAAGUUGAUACCCUCACUGAUCGGUGUAUUUUGCCGGUGGCACCCCACUCCCAGCUGACUCUGCUCGCUCAGGGCCUUCUGUUCUUCACCCACUUUGGAUCUGAUCACGGCCGCUAGUGAGCUUGCUGUAACCUGUAAGGCUAUGAACCGUGUUGUACGUGACUGAACCUCCUUAAUAGAUGGCAUCGUGUACUUUUUGAUCUUCUUCAUUUUUGGAUUUUGGCCUCAAGAGUAAAAAAAAA